UUCGAGAAGCCGGUGCGGAAAGUAGUCGUUGACCUGUCGCUGCGUCUGACACCACUCACAGCAGAGAGUGAGGAGGUUGUAGGUGGUCCCAUCUCCCUCCAGUUCACACAGCAACACCUCAUCGGGAGUCACACAAUGUCACCGGCUGAACUGAGGGUUGUGCUGCUGAUCCUGGGUUUUCUGGUCACAGACUCCACACUCGGUGAUCCGUGUGUGACCCACACCGUCCUGGAUCAGCCCUGGAGGAGCACGAAUUGUCCCAACACUGAGUGUACCGGUGGACAAUGGAAGGGUGAUGGAAAUCUUGAUGUGGGAUGGUACAGAUUUAACAGUUCCGGAGGAUGGAAGAUUCCGGAGACGGUCAUUCCACAGGGUUGCUGCUGCGGGAAGAAAUCAGGCUGGUUAAACGGUCCCCAUCCCAACGUGGGAGAGGGGGAGGUGACCAGGACCAUCUGCUUCAGCAAGGAUAAAAAACCCUGUGAGAAGAACCAGGAGAUCAGGGUGAAAAACUGCUCUGGUUACUUUGUGUAUCGGCUGUGGCCGACAACCGAGAAAGAUGCUGUGUACUGUACAGUCACAGACUCCACACUCGGUGAUCCGUGUGUAACCCACACCGUCCUGGAUCAGCCCUGGAGGAGCACGGAUUGUUCCAACACUGAGUGUACCGGUGGACAAAGGAAGGGUGAUGGAAAUCUUGAUGUGGGAUGGUACAGAUUUAACAGUUCCGGAGGAUGGAACAUUCCCGAGACGGUCGUUCCAGAGGAUCAUUGCUCCGGGAAGAAACCAGGCUGGUUAAACGGUCCCCAUCCCAACGUGGGAGAGGGGGAGGUGACCAGGACCGUCUGCUUCAGCAAGGGUGAAAAACCCUGUGAGAAGAGCCAGGAGAUCAGGGUGAAAAACUGCUCUGGUUACUUUGUGUAUCGGCUGUGGCCUACAAUCGAGAAUGAUGCUGUGUACUGUACAGAACCUCUGUCAGACACAACUCAGGAACGCCAGGGAUCGGUGACCGGAGAGCCUGGUCCAGGGUUGACCACCAGCCCAGCAGGGUCUGUGAGCUCAGGUACAGAUUCCCAGUCAGACACAACUUGGGAAGCCCAGGAAACAACGACAGGAGAGCCUGGUCUGGGUUUGACAACCAGCCCAGCAGGGUCUCUGAGCUCAGGCCUGGAGACUUCAACACUGGAACAGUCUACAGGAAUGUCUACUGGAGAACACACCCAGGAACUGUCCUCUGUCCCAGCGGGAGACACAUCUUCAGAUUUCCAUUCUGACACAACUUGGGAAUCCCUGGGACAACCGACCGGAGAACCUGGUCUGGGUUUGAACACAACCACAGCAGGGUCUUCAAGCUCACGUACAGAUCUCCAGUCAGACACAACUCCAGAACCCCACGGAUCAGUGACAGACCUGGAGGUUUCCACAAUGGAUCAGCCCGAUGGAUCAUCUACAGGACAACCCACCUCAUCACCAUCCUCUGUCUCAGUGGGACAGAGAUCCUCCGGUAGUUCCACAGGGAAACAGACCGAUGGGCCGGUGUCUGGAGAACACACCCAGAAAUCAUCUUCUGUUCCAGCAGGAGACACGAGCCCAGAUCCUGGGACUUCCACAGGGAGACUGUCUGAAGGGUCAUCCUCUGGAAAUUUUUCCAAGAAAACGUCUUCUCUCCCAGCUGGAGGGACAACCUCAGGUAGUUCCACAGGGAAACAGACCGAUGGGCCAGUGUCUGGAGAACACACCCAGAAAUCAUCCUCUGUCCCAGCAGGAGACACGAGCCCAGAUCCUGGGACUUCCACAGGGAGAGAGUCUGAAGGGUCAUCCUCUGGAAAUCUUUCCAAGAAAACGUCUUCUCUCCCAGCCGGAGGGACAACCUCAGGUAGUUCCACAGGGAAACAGACCGAUGGGUCAGUGUCUGGAGAACACACCCAGAAAUCAUCUUCUGUCCCAGCAGGAGACACGAGCCCAGAUCCUGGGACUUCCACAGGGAGACUGUCUGAAGGGUCAUCCUCUGGAAAUUUUUCCAAGAAAACGUCUUCUCUCCCAGCCGGAGGGACAACCUCAGGUAGUUCCACAGGGAAACAGACCGAUGGGUCAGUGUCUGGAGAACACACCCAGAAAUCAUUCUCUGUCCCAGCAGGAGACAUGAGCCCAGAACCUGGGACUUCCACAGGGAGACUGUCUGAAGGGUCAUCCUCUGGAAAUUUUUCCAAGAAAACGUCUUCUCUCCCAGCUGGAGGGACAACCUCAGGUAGUUCCACAGGGAAACAGACCGAUGGGUCAGUGUCUGGAGAACACACCCAGAAAUCAUCCUCUGUCCCAGCAGGAGACACGAGCCCAGAUCCUGGGACUUCCACAGGGAAACAGUCUGGAAGGUCAUCCACUGGAGAUUUUUCCCAGGAAACUUCUUCAGACCCAGCUCGAGAUACAGCCUCAGAUCCGUUGAAUUCCAAAGGGACCAGCCGGAAGCCGUCCUCUGGCCCAGAGAAAGAGACGUGCUCAGUGAAGGGGCUCCCAUCAAAGGACGAGUGUGAGGAGAUGAUCAACAGUGCCCAAGUGUUCAUUAUUGGGAAGAACAAACUGGGAAACCCCGAGGAGCGAGAGGCCUACAUCCGUCAGGUGCGUGAGAUGCUGAUGGAACAGCUCCCCUGCAAGCACGUCCUGUCCAAGAGUGAACACGACAGUGGGGGAGGAAAGUGAGAAGGAAAGUGUCAGAUUGUGAUCUUCCAACGUGUCACAGGCUGAUGGACG